AUGCGAUACCGCGCGUCGUCUACGCCAAGACGAGACAAGGGCGACGGCGAGGGCGAGGGCGAGGGCGAGUGCGGCACGAGGCGACGGGACAACCGGUCGGACGGAGCAUCAUCCGAGCACGAAUGGAAAGAGACGAGUCGAUCUCACGGACCUCGUAAAAGGUGUGGAGGGUGUGGAGGGUGUGGAGGGUGUGAACGGCUUGUCAGGUGGGAGAAUUGGGGAGGGGGAGAGAGGCAUGCUGGCGCCCAAUUAAUCCAUGAAGCAGGCAGAAUUGGCGAGCAGAAGACGAGUGUGGCGGGCCGAGUAGUCCUGGCGAUUGGCGUGAGCAUAGCCGGUCGGGCUCAGUCGCGACUGGGACAAAGUGGGCAAACAGGCUGGCGAUGCGCUGAUUGG